AUGUCUUUUUCUCUUGUCCUAGUCACUGCGAUUGUGGCAUCGCUAUCUUUUUUCCUUGUCAAACAUAUUCAACAAUCCAAGAACACCCCCUUGCCACCUGGCCCCAAAGGUCUACCACUCUUAGGCAACAUCCGUGAUCUCCCACCACCCGGAACACUAGAAUGGCCUCACUGGCAGACCCACAAAGAGAAGUACGGUUCGAUAACUUCAGUUUCUGUGCUUGGACAGCAUUUUGUCAUUUUGCAUGACAGACAGGUCAUUGUGGAUCUUCUCGAGACACGAGCGAUGAAGAGUGCUUCACGCCCCAAGCUGGUCUUUGCUGGGGAUAUCGUUGGGUACGAUGGUGUUAUGGGCUUGAUGCCGUACAAUCGAACCUUUCGAAUGCAUCGCAAACUCACAGCCACCCAAGUCAGCUCCAAAUCCAUCACUCGAUUCGAGCCCAUUCAAGAACUAGAGAUCCUCAGACUGUUGAAGAGAAUCUACCAAGAUCCUUUCAACAGCCAGAAUCUUCCAGACCAUUUGAACCAGGUAUCCGGCUCCAUCAUGCUCCGCAUCUUGUACAACUAUGAAACAGACCCCUGCAGAAACGACCACAUCGUCGCCAUGGCUAAUCUUGUGAUGGAAGAGUUCUCUCAAGCUACCACUCCAGGUGCAUGGAUGGUAGACUUCAUCCCUUGGCUUCGAUACCUUCCAGACUGGAUGCCAGGCGCUGGGUUCAAGAGGACCGCCAAACUCUUCAGACAGCAUCUCUUACAAAACGUCCAAGACCCAUACAAGUACGUUAAAAACCAGAUGGCUCUUGGCAACGAUGACAUUUCCUACGUCGCUGGACUCAUUAAAGACGUUCACCGCAAGAUUGAUCCAGAGGAAGAAAGCAUCAUCGCAUGGACUGCAGCUUCGAUGAUGAAUGCCGGAACCGACACCACCGGUGCAACACUUCUCGCCUUCUUCGCAGCCAUGCUUCUCAACCCCAACGUCCAAAAGAAAGCUCAAACAGAAGUUGACCGCGUCAUCGGAGACUCACGCCUCCCCUCAUUCUCCGACAAGCCAAACCUUCCUUACAUCAACGCCAUAUCCCAAGAAGUCCUCCGCUGGCACACCCUCGCCCCAAUGGGUUUCCCACACAUGACGACUGAAGACGACACAUACGGCGGCUACUUCAUCCCCAAGAACACACUUCUUUUCCCAGCGGUAGCAUCUCUCACGCACGAUCCUGAGAUCUACCAUGAUCCAAUGGAGUUUAAGCCUGAACGAUAUUUUGAGCCGUAUAACGAGCCUUCCCCGAUGGAACUUGUCUUUGGGUUUGGGAGAAGAGCGUGUCCGGGACGGUGGAUCGCCGAUCAGACCCUGUUCUUGAGUAUUACGCAGACGUUGGCGGUGUUUGAGAUUAAGAAAGCGCUGGAUGGUGAGGGGAGGGAGAUUGAGGUUGUUUAUGAGCAGUUGCCGGGUGUUAUUUCUCGUGUGAAGCCAUUUCCGCAUAGGAUUGUACUUAGGAGUGAGAAGUACAGGAAGUUUUUAGAGUAG